AUGCUAAGCGCCUUGUCUCGCGCAGUGGCCCGGGGAGCGGUGCGCUGCGCCGGCGGUUCCCCGGCGCCCGAGCUUCGCGCCGCUGCCGCUACCAACGCCGCCACCAUGUCCCGGCCGCUGUCGCCGCCGCGGGCCGCUUCCGGGGCCCCGGUGCGGCCCGCCACCGUGCUGGGCACCAUGGAGAUGGGGCGCCGCAUGGACGUGCCCUCCAGCGCCGCGGCCGUGCGCGCCUUCCUGGAGCGCGGCCACACAGAGCUGGACACGGCCUUCAUGUACUGCGACGGCCAGUCCGAGAGCAUCCUGGGCGGCCUGGGCCUUGGGCUGGGCGGCGGCGACUGCAGAGUGAAAAUCGCUACCAAGGCCAAUCCCUGGGAAGGGAAGUCGCUGAAGCCUGACAGUCUCCGGGCCCAGCUGGAGACGUCCCUGAAACGGCUGCAGUGCCCCCGGGUAGACCUCUUCUACCUACACGCCCCAGACCACGACACCCCCGUGGAGGAGACGCUACAUGCCUGCCACCAGCUGCACCAGGAGGGCAAGUUCAUGGAGCUUGGCCUUUCCAACUAUGCCUCCUGGGAGGUGGCCAAGAUCUGCACCCUCUGCAGGAGCAACAGCUGGAUCCUGCCCACUGUAUACCAGGGAAUGUACAACGCUACCACCCGGCAGGUGGAAACGGAGCUCUUCCCCUGCCUCAGGCACUUCGGACUGAGGUUCUACGCCUACAACCCUUUGGCUGGGGGCCUGCUGACCGGCAAGUACAAGUAUGAGGACAAGGACGGGAAACAGCCCGUGGGCCGCUUCUUCGGGAAUAACUGGGCUGAGACCUACAGGAAUCGCUUCUGGAAGGAGCAUCAUUUUGAGGCCAUCGCCUUGGUGGAGAAGGCCCUGCAGGCCGCGUACGGCAGCCGCACCCCCAGCAUGACCUCAGCCGCCCUCCGGUGGCUGUACCACCACUCCCAGCUGCAGGGCACCCACGGGGACGCGGUCAUCCUGGGCAUGUCCAGCGUGGAGCAGCUGGCACAGAACUUGGCGGCGACCGAGGAGGGGCCCCUGGAGCCGGCUGUGGUUCAGGCCUUCGACCGAGCCUGGCACCUGGUCGCCCACGAAUGUCCCAACUACUUCCGCUAGGGCCAGUCCUGGCUCAAGCUGCCAAAGGUUUCUCUCUUUCCCAUCACCUCUUCUAUCCUCUCAUCCUGACCAGUCUGCCUUAAGUUGAUUUAACAUGGUCUUUUUUGAUUGUCUGACUUGAUGCAAUAUUUUUCUAGAUCCCUCUCCUGGCUCCCAGUUGCCUUCCCUUCCCAGUCUAAAGGCUGGGGCUAUGGUCCUCUUGGGCAGUUCCUGUCCGAAUAAAACAGGCGUUUGCCCAGGCUGCGGCCUAGGCCCCGAGGAAAACCCACAAACCUGUCUCCUUUACUGUCUGCCGCCUGUUUUCGUCCUACCUGGGGGCUUCCUGCUAUCAGGGCAGAACCACGAGCUGGAGUCUCCAGAGGGCCAGGGUAGAGCACACGCUGCCCUCAGGAGGCUCUCUCCCGCCUUCUGUCCUGAAUCCAGCCUGAGUCAACAGCAGGGCUGAGGUGGCCCUCGCUCACCUGUGCACAGGGGCAGACAAGCAGGCCGUGCACCCUGAAGUGUACUUUCUCUUAUUCAGAAUCAUCUCAGGAAAUAGAGGCACUUAGAACUAGAAUCCCUGGGGCCAAAACCUCCUAAGAUGCUCCUGGCACCUCCUGAGAUGCAGUGUGACAUUUUUAACAGACUCUCAAUUUCAGCAGUGGUUUUACCCUUGUCCUGGUGAAAGACUCCUGUCUCCCUCUCCUCCGUCGGACUCUCAGCCUUUCCCUGGGUCACCUGCUGUUGGAGGUGGAGUGUGGCAUGGGCAGCCAGGGUCCCCAUUUCCUUUGGCAAACCCCUACUCCAAGCAGGGGCACCCGACACUGGGGAAGAAAAAUCCCAGGUCUGAUGGUUGCUUCCCAGUGCAGAAAAAUCCAUCUAGCCCUGGGUGGGAGGCUGGGAUGUGGGCCAAGCAGCUGAAGUCAGUACUUGGGGCUUGCUUAUCUGGAAGUGAAGAAGGGGGCUCAGCUUGGAAAUGCCAGACCAAAGCACCAAUCAGAAACACUUUUCUUCUAACAAAUGUCCCAUUUGCCGUCUAGAGGGAGACACCUUGCAGACAAAAUUGUAUUCUCUACAAAACAGUCACCCUCUCUUGUCCUCACCCACAAUAAAAUGCCCUCAGCAGGGUGGUAUAUCAGUACCAUUGUACAAUUAGCUCUCCUAAAAUCAAAUUGCUUAAAAUGACAGAAUCCCCAAAUUUAGAUUAAAGAUUCAAUGCAAUGCC